UCUCCAGAAAGGAAGAAGCCGACUGAAGAAUGCUUACCCGCCUGUCUCGUCGCUUCUCAGUCGUGGUCGCCGCUCCGCCGGGCACACCGGUCCGCCCGUAUGCCAUGCCGUAAGACGCCCGCCUGCCAGCGAAAACUGCCCAGCACAGCCUAGUCGUGGUUCGACGCGACACGGCUGUGGUUCAUGACGUGAACGUGGAUAGAGACGACAAAGGAGUGUUUGAGUGGCAAGUGGAAACCGCGACCUGCCGGCUGAAGAGGAAUACGAAACGCGGGUAGCCGUCGGACGAGCCAGCGCGUGAAAGGGGACUUCGAUAUUCUUGCGCGUGUGGGUGUUUGUGUGCUCGUGAACGGCGGUAUUGUGCGAAGAUGAAAUCGACGGCCGCUCGCGAGCGAGAGGACGACAUGUGCACGCGGAGUAUGCCCUGUAGGGCCGUUCGACCGCUGUCUUUUCCUGUGCAAAUUGGACGCCGUGGAUGGGAGAUUGCCUUAGCCAUCACGCUGUGUGUAAUAGUGUUGCUGUGCGUGUUCGAGCCCUCCGAAGCAGCUAGUGCAGCCUGGACGCAAGUUGACGUGGAGGACAAUGAAGCCAUCCUGUUUGCCCCGGAGGCGCCACCUUCUUCCAUCCCUGCGGACCGUUUGAAUCCUCAGCCGAAGAGGGUGAAAUGUCUCUACUUCAAGACUUGGCCGCUGCGCACCUACUGCCACGUUCUUGGCCUGACGGGUGUCAUCACGGCACAAGUGGCCGACGAAGAGUGUCGGGCCAUAUCAAUGGACAUCAUCAGCUUGAAUACCACACCCAUGCAUCGACUGUGCACUCUGAUGAAGCACUUCGGUCUGGAGGAGCGCAAACUGUGGCUUGCUGACGUGUUGGAUCGUUCUGAUACUCUGACGUGGGAUGAGUGCAACAUUGAAGUACUGGCCGCAAAUGUAACAAAGCCGCCUUCGAACUGCACCAUCUGCAAUAUCGCCGUUGUUUGCGAUGCUGGGUUCUACCACUCGAAUGGAUCGAACUGCAUUGUCAUGGAACACGGCAAUGAGGAGGUCGAAUACUGUUAUCACGAUGAUAAGCUCAGCGCACUCGAGAGUCGUCAGAGCUGCCUGAGCCAGCCAUCGCCGUUCUCGAUGCUUAUGGAUGGACGGCUGCUGAACGACUCGCAGGUGGACUACAUAAGGCAACUGGUGCGCACCGACUUGAAGUUUUGGGUAGAUCUCAAACAGGAAGACGUGGGUCAGCUGAGUGGCGUGGUUGCCUUCGACGCCUACGCCAUUGACUGGAACACGUCCUGCUUCACGGUGUGGUUUGGCCGCGACGUACCAUGGUUCUUCAAGAGCAGCUGCGAUGAAAUCAUGUCAAGGCCGACUCUCUUCCUUCACACUCAGCUGAGUGGCGUGGUUGCCUUCGACGCCUACGCCAUUGACUGGAACACGUCCUGCUUCACGGUGUGGUUUGGCCGCGACGUACCAUGGUUCUUCAAGAGCAGCUGCGAUGAGCUAUAUCCAGUAGUCUGCGAGGACAGCACAAAGAGAGGACGUGGAAUGAACUACCAGUUCACUGACUGCAUUUACCACAAGUCACAGUCCUGGAUGUUCGACUACUGUGUUCCGGAGGGGCGUGCUUUCAGCAUGACCGCAGCUGCCAAGUUCUGCGACGAUCAUGCCAUGACUCUCUUGAAUGGAAAAACCCUGCACGAGCUCUUCUUCGUCUACACGCGUAUUGACAAGCAGCCCAGCAGUGUUACUGAUAACUUCCUCGUAUGGGACGCAAGAGGAUCGCUCGGCGGGCAAGCACUUUCUUCUGUCUUGUACAAUGGCAGGGAUCGUAUAUCGUACAACCAACCGUUUCAUAAAUGUCAGGCCCUCGGCAUUAGAGGAUCAUCAUUUGUUCCAGUUCUGCGAUCAUGUACCGAAAAAUUGGGAUACAUCUGUAGACAGAAGAAGUUACCGGAAGCGCAUGGCUUUAACUGCGCAAACGUGAGAAGGUUUCAAAAAAACCGCCCUCCGACCUGCAUAAACUACCUCAAAAUGACCUAUGAAGAAAGCCUCCAAGCCUGCAAGGCCCUGGGAAUGAACCUUCUGCCAGAUAACUUGGUUGUAGAUGCUUACGAAAACCUGCUGGGAAGCUACGAAGGCAAUGAAGGCAUGGCGUACUGGCUUAAUACUCCGUCCGAAAGAAAGUCAUGCACAGCACUCGUGCGCAAUGAAACCACGGUCAUACUUUACGGAGUAGACUGUUCUACAAAGUUUCGUUCACUGUGUGUUUGUGAGUACCUCCUGCCAAUCAUCACUUGA